AUGGUGUCCCUGCUGCUGUGCGGCCUGUCCGUCACCCUUCCUCUUUUUAUCAGAGCAGAUGAAUGCAAGAACAUCAGUAUGCAAAAUGAGACACCUUCAGUAGACCAGCCUUUUGCUUUUAAUUGCACAUACCCUCCACAUACAUCUGGGAGAGCAUAUGUAACAUGGUAUAAAUAUCCUAGCAAAAUUCCAGUAUCCAAAAACAUACAGUCUAGAAUACACCAGGAGCAAAACUGGAUUUUGUUUAUCCCACUGACAUGGAAUGACUCCGGGAUUUACCAAUGUAUUAUAAAUAAUACAAACAUGUGUCACCAAAUACAUGUAAACCUAACUGUGUUUGAAAAAUAUUGGUGUGGUACUUCCAGAAAUAAUCAAAUGAAUUUACCAGAUGAAUACAAACAAAUAUUACACGUUGGAAGAGACGACAGUCUCACAUGUCAUCUGAACUUCCCGAAGAGUUGUGCUUUGGAUUCGGUAAAGUGGUAUAAGGACUGUAAAGAGAUUAAAGGAGAGCGGUUUGCUCCUUGGGGAAUAAAGCUUUCUGUGAACAAUGUCUCGGCAGAGGACAGAGGGAACUAUGCAUGCCAAGCCAGACUGACACAUGCAGGGACACAGUACAAUAUUUUCAACAGGAUUUCUGUGAACAUAACAGAAAAUGUUGGACGUGGAGGAAGAAUCCCUAAAAUAACUUAUCCAAAAAACAAUACAAUAGAAGUACAGCUUGGCUCCACCCUCAUUGUAAACUGCAACAUAACAGACAGGAAGGAUAAUACAAAUCUGCGGUGCUGGAGAGUCAAUAGCACUUUGGUGGAUAUUUACUAUGAAGAAUCCAAACGCAUCCAAGAAGGAAUUGAAACCCAUGUUAUUUUUCCGGAACAUAUUUUUUACACAGUGAACAUAACCUUCUUAGAAGUGAAAAUGGAAGAUUAUGGCCACCCUUUCACGUGCCAUGCUGGCGUGUCCGCAGCGUACUUUAUGUUAAAACCCCCAGAGCCAGAUUUUCGCGCUAGCUUGAUAGGAGGGCUUCUCGCCUUUGCAGGUGUGACAGCGCUCGCUAUGUACACCUACACCUUUUAUAAGAUUGAUGUCGUGCUUUGGUAUCGAAGUGCCUUCCAAUCUAUGAGAACCAUAGAAGACGGGAAACUGUAUGAUGCAUACGUCUUAUACCCCAAGCCUCAAGGUGAAAGCCAGAGCCAUCGUGUGGACACACUGGUGUUAAAGACCCUGCCUGAGGUGCUGGAGAAGCAGUGUGGAUAUAAGUUGUUUAUAUUUGGCAGGGAUGAAUUUCCUGGACAAGCUGUGGCCAAUGCCAUAGAUGAAAACAUUAAGCUGUGCAGGAGACUGAUCAUCAUCAUACUUCCCAGAUCGGGAACUAUGGGCUUCGACCUAUUAAAGACCAUGUCAGAAGAACAAAUCGCAGUCUAUAAUGCGCUCAUCCAGGAUGGGAUGAAGGUCAUUCUGAUUGAGCUGGAGAAAGUCAAGGACUAUACAGCCAUGCCAGAGUCAAUUCAGUACAUUAAACAGAAGCAUGGGUCUGUCCACUGGAGUGGGGACUUCACAGAGCAGUCGCUGUGUGCAAAAACCAAGUUCUGGAAAAAAGUGAGGUAUCGCAUGCCACCAAAAAGGUUCCCACCAUCUUCUCCUGUCCAGGUGCUGACAUAUACACUUGGCGAUCUCACUACUGGCGAGUGGAAGGCCAACGCGGGCUUCAUCACCCCAUGA